CUAAUUGUAAGCGGCUUAAAAUUCGGAUGUCUUAUAAAUUAUAAACAAAGUCAAAUCGUUAGUAAUAUUGUUAAUAUAACGUACUGAGAAAUGGUACCUGAAAAUUUAUUUAUAUGUUCUUAGCCUUAUCGAUGGCAGGACCUAUGAUGGAUGCUGCAUUUUUAACAUAUGAAGGUAUUGCCAUGAAUUCAGUUGAGAGUAAUCUUAACAUGGAUGAGCCUGUCUGGAUUCUUGGCAAACAUUUUAAACCCGAUGAAGAUAUGGAAAAGUUCAAUGCUGAGAUUUUAACAAAGUUUUGGUUCACUUAUAGAAGAAAUUUUCACCCAAUAGGAGGCACUGGUCCAAUGUCUGAUACAGGAUGGGGCUGUAUGCUACGAUGUGGUCAAAUGAUGUUAGCCCAGGCUCUGCUAUGUAGACAUUUAGGAAGAGACUGGGACUGGAGAAGUGGGAGAAAAGACAAUGAAAUCUAUAUGAUGAUAUUGCACUCCUUUUUAGAUAAAAAAGAUAGUCUUUAUUCUAUACACCAAAUUGCACAAAUGGGGGUAGGUGAAGGCAAACAAAUUGGUCAGUGGUUUGGGCCAAACACUGUAGCACAAGUGAUCAAGAAGCUUGUUUUAUUUGAUGAUAAUGCUGACAUGGCUGUUCAUGUGGCAAUGGAUAACACAGUUGUUAUUGAAGACAUAAAAAAGUUGUGCAAAUCUUCUAUUAAUGCAUGGGGUUGCUAUGGCGAAUGCUCAUAUAUACAUGAUAGAUCCUCACUGACAGGAAAUCAGUCAGUUUCAAAACCACCUCAUUGUAGUUGUGAAUCUUCCCAAAAACUGAAAUCUAAUAGGAAAUUAAAAUCAUUUAAUAGUGAAGAGCUGCAGUCAUGGAGACCUUUGUUAUUAUUUAUUCCCUUAAGACUUGGUUUAUCUGAAAUUAAUUCAGACUACUAUAACUCAUUAAAAAUAAUGUUUACGUUAAGACAAUCUUUAGGAGUAAUCGGUGGUAAACCUAACCAUGCACAUUAUUUCAUUGGUUUUAAUGGUGACCGUUUAUUAUAUCUUGACCCUCAUACCACUCAACAAACAAUAGAACCAGAGAGAUUUAAUGUCAUUCCUGAUGAGAGCUUUCAUUGUGUUUACCCUUGUUUUAUGAGUUUUCAAAGUUUAGACCCGUCAGUUGCAUUAGGAUUUUAUUGUCAUACAGAAGAUGAUUUUGAUGAUUGGUGUCAGGCUGUGAAUGAGCUUGUGGUACAACGUGAGAAACGACCGAUGUUUGAAAUUAAUCAGACUCGUCCACGCCACUGGCCGCCAUUUGAACUUCCUAAGAGACCAUGUCAUGAUGUUGAUUGCGUAAAAUCAGAUUUCACGGAGCUAAAUUAUGAUUAUGGUGCCGAAGAAAAACUUUUUGACUCAAGUGGAGAGUAUGAAAUUUUAUAAAUGUUUUAUGUGUGUCUUGAAUGUUCUUUACUACAAAAGUUUUGACAAGUCAUUUUUCAUUUGUUGAAUGUGUGACAUUCGAUUCAAAUGUUAGAUUAUUUUGAAAUAUAUCUAUUGUUUCUUUAUGCAAAGAAAAUGUAUAAUUAAAUCUAAUUUAUAAAAUGUAGUUAAUUCUUAUUUAUAAAUAAUAAUGAAAUAAUUUUUUUUUUGUGCAAGUUUAGUUUAACUAAAUAUAACGUAAAACAAUUACGUAAUUUUUAAAUUUUUUGUGUGUGAGUGUAUUUAGUAUAACUGAAUAUAAGGUAAAAUUUGUAAAAAAAAGUUCAUUAAUAUAUUAAAGUUUUUUUA